UUUUGAAAUAACUGAAUUCUCGUUAACGGUAAUUUUGAUUUGUUUAUUUUAAAUAUAUAAAUAUAUAUAUUCCUUAGACGAUAAGAUUACAAUAAUUACAAUUGUAAUACAGAAGAAAACUAUUUUUUACUAUACGGUUGUUUGUAAAGAGAAGGAAUAUGAGCACGAACGAAGACAAUACUCAAGUAGAUGCUGUUACUAAUAACGAAGUACAGUCCGACUUAAAUCCUAACGAAUUGAAUUUAGAAAAAGAAUUAGAAGAAAGUGAAAAAACGAAAAAGGUAGAAAACGAGGAGACGAAACACGAGAUAGGAGCAUCUCCGAAAACCAAGAAAAGAAAGAAAAAGAAUAUCCAUAACGUCGAAACGAGGGACUUUAUAAACAGGAAUUUGGUGUAUAUAUACACUUCUUUCUUCUUUUCGUUUAUUAUACUAUUAAGUAUUCUAUUGGUCUCGGGAGUACUCGAUUUAUUUUAUGAUUCCACUGAAGUAUUUCAAGAUUGCAAACGUUUACCCACCUCAGUUGCUCCCGAAAAUUACGCUUUGGAAAUGAAAGUUGAUCUGGAUGAGACUAUUUUGGGUUUCAGUGGCACAGUCAAUAUCAGUAUCUUGUGCAUAGAAGCGACCGAUGUGGUGGUUCUUAAUUCCAACCGUUUAAAAAUACACGAUAAAAGCAUUUCGUUGAAGGAUAAAGAUUCGAAUACUUUCAUCGAAAUUCGAAGUGUUUACGAAAGAGACCAGUUUCUUAGUCUAGAACUCGGCAAGAAAUUGAAGGUUGGAGGAAAAUAUCAAAUUUAUAUCAAGUACGAAGGCAUGUUAAGUAAAAGAGGACUAGGAUUUUUUGCAGUUCCGUUACAAAGAUCCGAUGGUAAUGUUCAGUUUAUUGCUUCUACUAUAUUCGAACCGGAUGCUGCGAGAACCGCUUUUCCGUGCUUCGAUGAACCGGAAUUCAAAGCUACUUUUGACAUCACGCUAGUGAGAAAAAAGGACUUGAUGUCUCUGUCGAAUAUGCCCAAGUUGAAGACAGAGCCCAGAAGUAGUAAUUGGGAGGCCGAUAUCUUCGUGAAAUCCAUGAAAAUGUCAACAUACUUGGUAGCAUUUUUUGUUGGAGAUGCAAUCGGAAAAUCUCAAGGAAAUAUAACUGUUUGGGAAGUUCGAAAUAAAUCAGCUUUGGGUAACAAUCACGAGUAUGUCCUGGCCAUAUCCAAGGAAAUUCUAUGGAAUCUACAGAAUAAACUAGGAGUAAAAUAUCAGUCACCUAAGAUUGAUAUUCUAAGUAUGCCCGAAAUAAUAUAUUCCGGUAUGGAAAACUGGGGACUAAUUUCAAUUAAAGAUUAUUACUUUCUUACUCCAUUGUCGAAGGACCAGAAAUCAGAAGAUAUCUACUCUGUCGUGGUGCACGAAUUGGCUCACGAGUGGUUCGGAAAUUUAGUAACUAUGAAAUGGUGGGACGAUGUCUGGCUAAACGAAGGUACUUCAUAUUACUUAGAACUCUUGUUAAGGCGAGAAUCUUUUCCCGAUCAGGAAGUCGACGAACUUAUUAAAAUUGGAGAAGAAAAUCGUCCCAUAGAUUGUUCUUCUAGCUUAAUUUUAACCAUGUUGCCACCUAAUUGCGACUUAAUGAAACAUUUUACAAGAUAUAUUUACACAAAGGGUACAAUUGUUAUCAGAAUGCUUCAUCAAAUUCUUGGAGAUGAAGAUUUCUGGUUUGGAAUGAAAUUAUAUUUAGAAAAAUAUUCUUUCGGUUCAGCAAACGAACUUGAUUUUUGGAAUUCUUUUACGUCUGAAACAUUACGCAAAGAUAAAAUAAACAUAGCAGAAGUAAUGUCGACGUGGACCCAUAAUGGCGGCACACCUAUCGUUACAGUCAAAAGAAAUUACUUCCUUCGAAACGCAUUCCUAAGACAAGAAUCUUGUAGAAGUAAAUUCAGCGAUUUAUACCAAGACGAUAUUUGGUAUAUUCCAAUUACUUAUAAAAGUAUUUCAAGUAAAAAUAAGAAGAAUUCAACAGUAGACUUCUGGCUUAAAAAUAGAGAAAAAUUGAUAUAUAAUAUGCCCAGAAUGAACGAAUGGAUUCUUGUUAAUGGACAGAGUUUAGGAGAUUACAUUGUAAACUACGAUUCAGUAAAUAUGAAACUGUUAACAAAACAACUUCUGGAUAAUAAUAGUGUAUUUACUGUGGAAGAAAGGCACAAAAUCUUCAUGGAUUUAACAUAUCUUGAGAGUUCAGGCAUUAGAAAUAUAAAAUCUCUACUCGAUUUGUACAUGUAUCUUCCUAAAGAGAGCUCCAAGGAAAUUGUAUAUUUUGCCAUUAAAUCACCUCACAUAGCGAGCAUCGAAUAUCUUACAAAUUUAAUGGAAGGAGAUCAUUCGGAACACGACUGGAAUGAAUUUGUCAUGUAUUUGAUGAAACCAAUUUUCAGAAGAGAACGUUUGAAAUUCAAAAGAAAUGUUGCCAAUUGCAAACCGGGUUCCGUAUGUUCGUACAACUUCGAAGCUCUUUGCUCCAUUGGAAAAGGAUUUUGCAUUCGGGAAGCGAUUCUAAAUUAUAAAAUGUCGGAUGAUUUCGUAAAAGAUACGCUUCGUUCGACCCUUCUGUGUUUCAAUAUUUCUACAAGAAAAACGGAAAAUUUCCAUUCAGAAAUAAGAAUAAUGAACAAUGUGGAUGUAUUGAGAUGUAGCAACGACAAUAGCGAAAUUCAAAGCAUACUAAAAAAUCUCUUGGAGGAGGAAAACGCAAACGAAUUUUUGGAUAAUAUCAAAAAUAUUUUGCGUAACAGAAAAAAUUGGAAAGAAUUUAUAUCUUUCUUAGAUAAUUAUUUUGAAGAAUUUAGUAAAAAUUUUAAUUACAGUGAAGCAAUAUUUCAUUUAUUAGUAAAGAGCAUAUAUGAAAUUCCUAAAAAUCCAAUUAAGUAUUUAGAGAUUCGGAAGGUUUUAUCGAAUCGUGUGAACACAUUACCAAAAAUGAAAGCGGAAAAUAUUCGUUUACUAAUUGAAUUUCUGAAAGACGAUUCAAAGAUGAAAAAGCAAAUAAGAAACGUAAGAAAAUGGUUGAUUUCUAAGCCUUGGACUAAAGAUUUCCGAGUCGAUUAUAGAUUCGUUGGUGAUAACGAAGAUUAGAGUAUGCAUAAGAUUAAAUAAACAAAACAUGUAACGUUUUUACUCACAGUUUAUCUUAAAUAUUUCUGCUGUAUCUAUUUUUAAUAUAAAUUCAAUAAAUUUUAUGAAUGUAAAGUCUCUUGAAG